AUGAGCAACAAUGAGAGUCAACAUCAACGACAUCUUCUUCUUGGUGUAACAGGAAGUGUUGCAACUAUUAAAGUAAAUGAACUUGUUCGUAAUUUUAAUAGUCAUAAUAUCGACACGAUUAUUAUUCCAACUGAACGAGCUAAACAUUUUAUUAAUUUUGAAGAUUCUUGGUGUUCUCAUGGAUCCAUUACUGAAAUAAAAACUCCAUGUUAUUUUGAAGAUAAUGAUGAAUGGUCAUCAUGGAAAGUACGUGGUGAUCCUGUUUUACAUAUUAUACUUCGUGAUUGGGCUGAUAUACUUUUGAUUGCACCACUUGAUGCUAAUACAUUAGCUAAAAUGACUGUUGGUUUAUGUGAUAAUCUUUUAACAAAUGUUGUUCGUGCUUGGGAUUUAAAAAAAAGAAAACCAUUAAUUAUUGCACCUGCAAUGAAUACAGCAAUGUUUGAACAUCCUCUUACACGACAACAUUUAGAUGUGUUAACCAAAACUUUUGGAUACAUAGAAAUUCCUUCUAUUGAAAAAACAUUAAUGUGCGGACAAACUGGUAUCGGUGGCAUGGCAUCAGUAGAAACUAUCAUUGAACAAACUUUGAAAACAUUUCAACAGAUCUCAAAUGAUGAAAUAUAA